AUGGCUACCACGACCGAGAAGUCUGGCGGUACCGACACGCCGCCCGAGAUCAUCCAUGGCGGCGAAGAGGCCCAGCCCGUCGGGAAGCCCUGGAUGUACAAGAAACUUAAACUGGGUCCUAUCACCAUUCCUGCCUAUGCGACACCACAGUUCCAGAUUGUUUUUGUUGCACUUGUGUGCUUCUUGUGCCCGGGUAUGUUCAAUGCGGUCAACGGUCUAGGUGCCGCUGGUCAGGUCAAUGCGCACGAUAUCAACAACGCCAGCACUGCCCUCUAUGCCACCUUCUCCGUGGUGGGGUUCUUUGCUGGUAGCAUUGCCAACAAGAUCGGACUCCGGUUGACACUGGGAUUUGGUGGCUUCGGAUACACCCUUUACAUUGCCUCGAUCUUGUCCUACAACCACAAUCAGAAUGCAGGCUUCCUUAUCUUCGCUGGGGCCCUCUUGGGUGUGUGCGCGGGUCUGCUGUGGACUGCUCAAGGUGCCGUCAUGAUGGCCUAUCCCCCGGAAAAGGCCAAGGGCCGAUACAUUGCCGUCUUCUGGAUGAUUUUCAACUUGGGUGCCGUGAUAGGUGCUCUGAUUCCUCUCGGCCAAAACCUGCAUUCCACCGCCAACAAGGUCCAGGAUGGCACCUACAUUGCCUUCAUAGUCCUGAUGGCUGUGGGGUUUGUCCUGGCCGGAUUCCUCUGCAACCCCUUCCUCGUUCAACGCAAUGACGGCUCGCGAGUCAUCUUGAUGAAGAACCCAACCUGGAAAUCCGAGAUCAAGGGUCUUUUCGAGGUCCUGAUCAGUGACUGGUACAUUGUCUUCCUCUUCCCCAUGUUUUUCGCCUCCAACUGGUUCUACACCUACCACUUCCAGGACGUGAACUUGCCCUACUUCAACAUCCGCACUCGCGCCUUGAACAAUGUCUUGUACUACCUGUCACAAAUCAUUGGUGCCUGGAUCUUCGGCUUCUUGCUCGACACCACAUAUUUCCGCCGCACCACCCGCGCUAAGAUCGCCAUUGGCGCGCUCUUCGUGCUCACCUUUGUCAUUUGGGGCGGUGGCUAUGACUUCCAGAAACGAUACACCCGGUCCGAGACCAGUGCCGACGACUACCACAAGCUUGACUUUACCGACCCUGGCUAUGUCGGACCCAUGUUUCUGUACAUGUUUUACGGAGCUUACGACUCGGUCUGGCAGACCACUUCAUACUGGCUCAUGGGUGCAUUGACCAACAACGGUCGCAAACUCGCCAACUUUACCGGCUUCUACAAGGGCAUCCAGUCUGCCGGAUCGGCCAUCUCCCCUCAACUCGACGCCAACAAUGUGGCCUUUAUGACUCAGUUCGCCGUCAACUGGGGUAUGCUAGCGGGGUCGCUUGUCGUGGCAUCUCCCGUCAUCUGGCUCAAAGUCAAGGACACGACUGAUAUCGACGAGGAUCUGAAAUUCACUGAUGAGACCCGGGCAGACAUCCUGCCCCCGAGCCCUGUCGGGCCCGUUGUGGGUGCCGAGGGCAUGAUGGCCGAGAAGGAGGAGAAGAUGUGA